UUGCAUGCCGAAGCUGAAAUGCUAAUAAAGAAGAUAAAAAUAGAGGAACAAAAAUGUCAGUUCAUGCACCACUCUCGGUUGUCUCAGUGAAUUCAGUGCCUAAAAUCAGAUCUAAGAACAUUGAAAGUAAAGUUAAGGUUUUCAACCAAAGAGAGGUUUCUUCUGUUCAUCUCAAGGUGGUUAGAAACCAUGGUGGUAGAAGCCUGUUAACAAGAUUGAAUGCUGCAGGGUUGUCUGAGAUUGAACCUGAUCUCAAUGAAGACCCUAUUGACAGAUGGGCCACCAACAGUGUCAGCCCUGAAGAUUUUAAGUAUGGGGAAUAUGAUGAGCACCACACAUAUUUUGAAGGAGAUGAGAAAGGAACAUUUUGGGGAGCAAUUGCAGAUGACAUUGCCGCUAUAGAACCUCCUACAGGGUUCCAAGGGCUUAUUUCAUGGCUCUUCCUUCCUGCAAUUGCUGCUGGAAUGUUUUUCAAUGUUCCUGGGGAGUACUUGUUCAUUGGAGCUGCUGUCUUUACGGCUAUAUUUUGUAUAAUUGAGAUGGAUAAACCCGAUCAGCCCCAUCACUUUGAGCCUCAGAUAUAUAACAUGGAGAGGGGAGCUCGUGAUAAGCUAAUCAAUGACUACAAUACCAUGAGCAUAUGGGAUUUUAAUGAGAAAUAUGGAGAUCUCUGGGAUUUCACUAUCAAGAAGGAUGAUAUAACAAAGAGAACUUUUCCUGAGCAAAGAGAAUUGUAAUUAUUAGCUAUAGCUAUGCAAGCAUGGAAGGUAUAGCUUUUUUUUUUUUUUCCAUUUAUUUCCUUCUCUUUCCUUGUUCUUCACAAGUGCAAAUUCUCUGUUUUGUAAAGUUUGUGGCCUUAUGCAGUGAGAACAAAAUGUUAUCCCAAGUCCCCAACUCCAAACUGAAAGCUUCAAUAUAUAUAGUUUAAUUUUGGUUCUUCAAUAAAAUUGACUGCUCAAAUUCUGUUUGAUAGCAAUUGUAGUCUUAAGAGCUAGACUGCCACUGUCCAUCAUAGACCUGAGAGUGGUGGAAGUGACUUUUAUUA